CUUCAGAGUAUCGAAUCCGUCAAGAAUCUGGAAUGGGAAGUGUCGGAAGUCUAACUCCGGAGCAAGUUCAGUUGUUCAACUCUCAGGGAUAUCUGGUGCUUGAAUCGUUUUCAUGUCCUGAAGAGAUCGAUGGACUGAGGAAGCGAAUGGACGAGUUGCUCGAUGGGUUCGACUGCUCCACCGCCUCCAUUUUCUCUUCCAAAAACCAGAAACAGUUAACCGACAACUAUUUCUACGAGAGUGCAGAGAAAAUCUCGUUUUUCUUUGAAGAGAAGGCAUUUGAUGACGAUGGGAACCUGAAGCAGUCAAAGCAACUCUCCAUUAACAAAGUUGGCCAUGCUCUACAUGAACUCGAUCCAGUGUUUAAAAAGUUUUCUUCCUCAGCGAAAAUUUCAAGUUUGCUCUCGUCGUUGGGUUAUAAGAGGCCAGUGGUCAUUCAAUCCAUGUACAUAUUCAAGCAACCUGGUAUUGGAGGAGAAGUUGUGCCACACCAAGAUAAUUCAUUCCUUUAUACAGAGCCCCGAUCAUGCACAGGGUUGUGGUUAGCUCUAGAGGAUGCAACCAUUGUCAAUGGCUGCCUCUGGGCUCUUCCAGGAUCCCAUAAGAAUGGCCUGGUGAGGAGGUUCAUUAGAGAUGAAGAAGGGGUUCAUUUUGAUCACCCAUCUCCAUCAUAUGAUCAUAAAGAUUUUGUUGCCCUUGAAGUCAAAGCUGGCUCACUGGUGGUCAUUCAUGGGGAUCUUAUACAUCAAAGUUUUGAGAAUAAAUCUGCAAAAUCAAGGCAUGCCUACAGCUUGCAUGUAGUGGAUACUGAUGGCUGCAAGUGGGCACCAGAUAACUGGAUUAGAAGAAACGUGGGACCAGAACCCCUUUAUGUUUCUUAAUUGAAGCUCAAUGUCAAUCUGUCUAGCUAUUUCUCCUGAUGACUGUUGUUUAAAUUCAGCACGAUGAGAUGCAAUUUCCUCUGAAGGAUGAGUAGAGUUUAAAUUGUUGACCUAGUACAAUGGGCAGUUUGUUGCCCGUAUGUUCUCUUCAGGAGGUUGUGCUUCUUUGCAUCUCAAAUGAAAUUGUCUGAGCUUGUCAGAACCUUGUAAUAUUAGCCAUGUUUGUGAUAUGUAAUACUUGGAAAUAGACAACUACAAGAGGACUUCGGUACUUCUUUAAUAGCAUUCGCUUUCUGAUUAAAUACACAUUUCCAUGUAAAGCAUUUGUAAAUUUGGUUUUCAACCUGCUAUUUUUGCUCUCA